AUGAAGGUCGGAUCCGGGCUCAUUACGUUACUCAACGUCAGCACUUACCAUGGUGUGUGGGCGGCAUACUUCAUCAUAUGUGGUGUUGGUACUGGUUGCGCGAUCAAUCUGCCGUACACAGCUGAAUCGGCUGUCUUGAAGGAGGAAGACAUGGUUACCGGGAAUGGUAAGGCUAUUUUGCCUCCUGUUAUCUGGAAUCUGACUUUCUCUUCAGCAUUAUUACAAUUUGCCUUCCAACUCGGCGGUGCAGUAAGCCUCUGUAUAUCGCAAACCAUAUUCUUGGGUCGCUUGACAGUAGACAUCAAGUCCAGCCUUCCGAAUUCGCCGGUGGAAGGACUAAACGGCAACGGAGCGAACAAGUUGGCGUAUCAAAAUGCCAUUCGGGACGUUUUCCUCUUCUUGCUGGUGACGAGUGGGCUUGCCUUGGUUGCGUCCUUUGGGUUCGAGCACAAGAACGUCAAGAAAGUUGAAGAAGCACAGAAGAUUGGUAGUGCACAACGCGCGGAGGUCGAGUGA